CCAUGUGAUGAGGCCGAUGUGCUAAGCGUAGGACUAGGUAUGAUGGUGGGCCCUUAGUCUGCGCACCUAACAAUUUGAGUUAAGAUUUAACAUGAAUUUCUUCUUAUUUCACAAAAUCUUUUGGAUAAUAAUGUUCCUUAUAUUAUUGAGAGUUUUAUUCUAAAGUAGUAGCGGAAAACAUCAUCAAUCUAGAGGAGAAAAGUCAGUGCAAUGUUUGGGGGAAGUAAAACCCCUUUUGGGGGGACAUCAUCAUUUGGGACAGGUAAUACCAGCUUUGGUGGGACCACGCCUGCUACUGGAGGCUUUGGGACCCCCAAUGCCUUUGGACAAAGCACCCCUGCAGGAGGAGGACUUUUUGGAUCCAACCCUAGUACUUCAACUUCAGGUGGACUGUUCAGCGGGGGUACCAGUUCAUUCGGACAGCCAAGCAGUACAGCUUUCAGUUUUGGGAAUAAAACCACCAGUGCAUCUGGUAGUCUAUUUGGAGGUACCAGCACCAGUACAGGAGGGGGGUUGUUCCCCACCCCCUCUGCAUCCACGUCCUUUGGGGGUUCCACCGCCUUUGGUACGGGAGGCGGCAACAAACCACUGUUUGGUACAAGCACUUCUAGCACGAGUCUGUUUGGUCAGUCGUCGACCUCCACCACACCGUUUGGUCAGACGAGCACCCAGCAGCCCUCAGGGGGUCUCUUCGGAGCGACUACUGGGAGUGGACUCUUUGGGGCAUCACAACAACAGAAUGGCACCACUAUCAAGUUUGCGCCUACCACUGGUUCUGAUACAAUGGUUAAAAAUGGUGCAUCUACCAAUGUUAACACCAAACACCAAGUCAUCACCGCCAUGAAGGAAUACACCAAUAAAUCAUUUGAGGAAUUGAGAGCAGAAGACUACCUGGCCAAUCGGAAAGGUGGAUCCUCUGGUGGCGGGUUGCUAGGGGCAACAGGAAUGACCUCAACAGACAACAAGCCGAGUCUAUUUGGGCAACCCGCUUCCACGGCAAGCAGCGCAUUCAACUUUGGUGGUCAAAGCAAGAGCACGUUUGGAAGCACUCCCAGCUCCUUUGGCACUGGCACCAGCCUGUUUGGUGGCAACAACAACCAGCAACAGCAGCAACAACAACAACAACAACAACAGAGUGGCGGGCUGUUUGGAAGCAAGCCUCUCUUUGGUCAGACGUCAACCAGUACGGCUGGAAGUGGUCUCUUCGGACAGUCGUCAGGGACAAGCUUGUUUGGCCAAAACCCAACCCAACAAAAGAAUCUAUUUGGUGGAACGUCACAGACCCCAGGCACCGGUCUAUUUGGAAGCACCCCAGGCUCAACAGGUUCAACAGGCUUUGGUACGGGAGGAUUCGGAACCGGUACCUUUGGACAGCAGACCCAGCAGGGUGGCCUAUUCGGGAAGACCGCCCCGAACUUUGGAACUCCCGCCAGCCAGACAGGUCUGAGUCUUGGAACCAGUACAGGGACCGGAGGUCUGUUUGGAGCCACUAGCAAGCCAGGACUAACCCUGGGAACCGGAACAGGUACAACAGGUUUCGGAAGCGGUGCCGGUACAGGGUCCAGUCUGUUUGGAGGUAGCAAGGGCACCACAGGCUUUGGUACAGGGGGAUUGUCUGGCGGUACCUUUGGUACAGGCAACCUAGGUUCAACCUUUGGUGGGGGCACUUCCGGUUCUCUCUUUGGAGGUACCAAGCCAGCGGGACUUGGGACAACCUUUGGAACCACAGGUGCAUUUGGUGGUGGUCUGGGAGGCACUACUGGUUUGACUGGUGGAGGAAUUGGAGCUGCUCAAGGAGUAGGAGGUCAACAAGCCAAUGUCGAUAUGAACACUCAAGUCCAACAGCAGUUGAUGACUCUCUUCAACUCACCUUACGGGGACAACCCUCUCUUCAAGAACAUACUUGUGGAUUCUGAUAAGAAGAAAGACGCUCUUCCUGGAAGUUCCGCUCAGAAGUCACUGAGCUCUCCAUCACAUUAUAAGGUGUCAGCGAGACCAGGAGCCAAGCUUCGACCAAAGCUACUUCAGAGAGGCGGAGGAAAGUCUAAACUCUUUGACGGAUUAGAGGAAGAAGACAACACACUCAACUCAGAAACAUUUGUUACCAGACGAAGCAUCAAGAAGCUUGUCAUAAAAAACAAAGGAAGUCAGGAUGACUCAAGGAAUGAAAGCUAUCAUGGUUCUAGGAGUUCAGUCAAACCUGAUGAGCUUGCCUCACCCCUUCCAGUCUACCCAAGAGAUCAGUCUAAUACAUCAGUUCGUCUUACACCAGACAAAGACGACGAGGAACCAAAUACUUCAGACAUUCCCCUCUUUAACAAACCUAAGGUCUUAGAAGAUACAACCGCCAUGGAAAGUCCUGGCAACAAGCAUGAAGACCCUGACUGCACGAUCCAUGCGAUGAACGCACAGCCAAAGAGACAGCAGAGAAAACGCAGUGGCUCCGGAGCUGCACCAACCCCACCGAUCAGCUCCCUCUCUCCGGGCAGAUCCCCUCCAGCAUCCACCAAGGAGCCUCUCAACGUCAGCAGGGGGAGCCAGGGUGAUGUGUCUCUAGAGGUCUCAGGUGAAGAUGAGAUAUUAGAUCAAGAGAACCAACCCCCGCCCCACCCCGCCAAGGUGGUCCUACGUCGCACGGGGUACUAUACCAUCCCCACUCUCAGAGAGUUGGCAGACCUCACCGACGAUGACGGGAAUUGCUUUGUGGAUGAUUUCACUGUCGGAAGAGAGAGAUACGGAAGUGUCUUCUUCCCCGGUAUGACCAACGUUAAAGGCCUCAAUUUGGAUGAUAUCGUUCACUUUAGACGGAAGGAGAUCACAAUCUACCCAGACGACACCUGUAAGCCUACCGUUGGUACAGGACUCAACAAGAAAGCAGAGGUGACCCUAGACCAGACCUGGCCCAUUGACAAGUCAACAAGACAACCGAUCAAGGAUCCUGAAAGGUUGGUUUCCCUGGAAUACGAGGAAAGGCUGGAGAGAGCAACAGCCAAGCUUGGAGCUAAGUUCAUUGAGUACCGUCCUGAGACGGGAUCUUGGGUGUUCCAGGUCCAGCACUUCUCAAAGUACGGUCUAACUGAUAGCGACGAAGAGGACGGAGGACAGCCCCAGCAGCAGCAAGGGCAGAAGGGGGUUAAAAAGGUUGAUAAAGCCCCUGCCAAGGAACCAGCCAAGCCUCCCCCAGCCAAGCAGAAGGAUGAGAAACAAAAAUCCAGCAGCACCAGAGCACCCCUACAAGAGAAUGGAAGCAUCCAAUACCUACCUGAAGAACCAAUGAGAGAAGAGCUUGCUAUGGACACAGUAUCUGACCGGGCUGUCCCAAGAAGCAGAGGUCUCGGGGGUCAGAUGAUCCAAGACCAAUACAUGGCCGGAGAAGCGGGUGACUUUGACACCUAUAUGCCGUGUGAUGAUACUGAUCAGCAUCCUGGACCCGAUGAGGUCAUGGAGGGAGGUCAAAGGUCGUUAGAUGUCUCCCACCGUCUGGCUGAAGCCAUCGGUGUGAGCUCUCACCGGAUGCAAGUCAUGAAGGCAUCUUUCUUUGCCGAGGAGGAGGAAGAACCGUUUGCGCAUUCUGGAUCCUUCGCCAAUGCCCCAGGGAGGGAUGGAGAAAGGAGGAUACCAAGGCCGUCGCGGGAGCCCUUGUUCGAGCGAGAGCAGGCAGGAGAUAUGUGGCAAGCCAGCAUGAUGGGAAGUCCGGCCAAGUUUCUCGCCGGGAUGUCAUCCCCGCUGUUACAAGGUAGAGUGGCAAGCCCUAUCCCGCGCUUCCUGAGAGAGUCCAUGGACACCAGGGAUCAAGUUCCUGUCAUGCCAGCUGGGAUGAGUCCUCAAGAGAAGAUCCCAAAGAUCGUCGGUGCACGCCCCCACCUCAGCAUGGCUCCACUGGAAGAUUCCGUGGUCUUUGAGCGCCAUGAUCACAUAGCUGAUUCAGGACUAAUGAUGGGUCGCUCUUUUAGGGUUGGAUGGGGACCGAACUGGACGCUUGUCCAUUCUGGGAAAGCUGUUGGUGUCCAGGGGUUCAGACCCAAGAUCAAAGAAGAGCCCAUGCCUUUCACGCUGCUGACAUCCAAGUCCAUGGUCAAACCAGCGACGGAAAGCUCCCCUUUCAAAGUGACUCUUGAGAAAGUGAACAUUGCACCCAUGUUUGGAAAGCCUGGUCAUACGUCAAGAAUGUACGAAAGAUCCCUGGGGGUAGAGUUAGACCACAGUAUGUGUUCCACAGCGCAGCCAUGCCCUGCAUUCGCACCUCAAUCUGGUAUCGAUGCCCUACACAGGUAUGCCAAAGAAUCUGUUACAGAUAAGAAGGAAGGUACAGGGUACGAUCUAGAACUCUUAGAACACACGCGGUUAGUGUGGGCUCUCAUGGUUGCCCUGUGGGGUCAACUACCAGAAGAAGAAGGUAAAGGUCCACUGGAUCCCACAAGCUACCCAUAUCGCAAGGCUAGGAGAAAAGCCAUGUCACAGUGGCUCUCAGACUCCUGCAGGAAGCACAUUGACGAUGAGGUCCAGGACUCCAAGUUCCGGCACCUAGGUCACGUGGAGGCCAUCUUUGCGCUCCUUACCGGCAGGCAGAUCAAUGAAGCGUGUCUCAAGGCGCAGGAAUUCGGCGACCACAGACUAGCGCUUCUCCUCGCCCAGGCAGGUGCCACCCACGAAUCCCGCCACCUGGUGGGGACGCAACUCAUCCACUGGGAGCAAUUGCGAGCUGACCAGUUCAUCGCCGACGAGUACCUGAAGGUUUAUUCAUUACUUGCUGGUCAGUUGGUGUGGCAGUCUUCGAGAGGAGCGGUCAAUGUCUGCGAGGAUCUGGACUGGAAGAGAGCCUUGGCUGUUCACCUCUGGUAUCAUAACUACCAGGAAGCUUCUAUUGCUGAUGGCUUGCAGGCAUUUGAGGACGGCUUCACUGGCAAAUCAGCGCUUGGUGACUACUGCCUCCCUCCCCGCCCACCAUACAUGGAAAGCAAUCCCGGUUUCUACAAGGAAGACCUGAGUGCCUUGGAAUCGAUGGACGAUGGGGACGGUCUGAUGCCGAGUCGAGAUAGGUUCCCCGUCUGGGAUAUGUGUUAUCAUUUGCUGAAGCUCUACUGCGACAAGACGCAUCGUAUGCACAACGUCCUAGCUCCAACAGCUCAUUCGCCAUACCAAUUGGACUAUAGACUCAGCUGGCACGUCUUGCAAGUCCUGCAUGCCUUGGGUUAUACCCACCUCUCUCCCCAUCGCCAAGCACAUCUAACCAUCAGCUACGCCUCGCAGCUUGAAUCUAUCGGCCUCUGGCAUUGGGCAGCGUUUGUCCUCCUCCACGUCCCCAAUGACAUAGCCCGAGAGGAUCUCGUCCGGUCACUCCUCGGGUGUCACAUCACCCUUGAGCUGACCGGUAACCAGCUGACCCCACAAGAGAGCUUCCUUGUUGACCGUCUUCAUGUCCCUGUGGAGUGGAUCCAUGAUGCCAAGGCAUUGAGGGCGCUUUACGAAGGACGGGAGAGAGAGGAAGCAUGGCAUCUCCUGAAGGCUGGGAGGUGGAACGAUUGUCAUAUGGUCUUGAUCAAGAAGAUAGCAGCUAAUGCCAUCAUCAAUGAGAGUUAUGGCUUUCUGAAGGGGGUACUAGAUGAGCUGAGCUAUGUCGAACGGUCAUCACUCAUUCAGGAUUGGUCUACAAACGGUCAGGUCUACCUGGAUUUCAUCAAUAUUAAUGAGCGACUGGUCGAGCUCGGUAGACGAGAGCCAACGACCUUUGAGGUUGAGAAGCUUCACCCUGACAUAGCAUCACUCUGCCUUCGUGUCGGCGGGGUCUACUGUCAGACGGUCAAGGACAGGGUGUGCCGUUCAGAGAUGGCCAAACGGACGGCAAACAUGAUGAAAGCCGUCCUUACCCUACAGCAAGAGAGUCUCGCCAGUGCCGCAGGAUCUUCACCAACCAGGCAACCUAAUCCUCUCAUUCCAUCGCGUCUCCUGGCUCCUCAUGUCACCAAACUCCCUCUCCCAGAAGAUUACAGUCUGCAGGAGCUACGGCAGCUUACCAGGAGCUACACGCAGGAGCUCACUGCAUAGCAAUGACCACUGAAACAGUCAAACAUCACAAAAGGCUUAAGAGGAACUAUAUGUAGGAGCUCACUGCAUAGACUUUACCAAUGACCACUGAAACAUUGAACCAUCAGAUAAAGCUUUCAAGGAGCUAUACGCAGGAGCUUGUUUCAUAGACUUAACCAAUGACCAAUGAGCACUGAAACAUUCAAACAUUACAUAUAGAAGAUGUGUACCAGCCUCAGAGCUACAACAGCUUACCAGGAGCUACAUGCUGGAGCUCUUUUCAUAGACUUUACCAAUGACCACUGAAACAUUCAAACAUAUAUAGAAGAAGUGUACCAGCCUCAGAGCUACAAUAGCUUACCAGGAGGACUUUACCAAUGACCACUGAAACAUUCAAACAUAUAUAGGAGAAGUGUACCAGCCUCAGAGCUACAACAGCUUACCAGGAUCUACAUGCAGGAGCUCACUGCAUAGACUUUACCAUCAACCAUUGGAGCAGUCAAACAUCACAUAUAUAUAGAAGAUGUACACCUGCCCAAGAGCUAGGAAAGCUUACAAGGAGAUAUAUUAAGGAGCUAUUCUGCAGGAGCUCAAUUCAUAGACUUCAGCGAUGAUCACAUACAGAAGAUGUGUUCCCACCUAGGAGCUACAUCAGCUUACCAGGAGCUAUAUGCAGUACACGUGCCCAAGAGCUAUGAAAGCUUACAAGGAGAUAUGAUAUAUUAAGGAGCUAUUCUGCAGGAGCCCAAUUCAUAGACUUCAGAGAUGAUCACAUACAGAAGAUGUGUUCCCACCUAGGAGCUACAUCAGCUUACCAGGAGCUAUAUGCAGUACACCUGCCCAAGAGCUAUGAAAGCUUACAAGGAGAUAUGAUAUAUUAAGGAGCUAUUCUGCAGGAGCCCAAUUCAUAGACUUCAGAGAUGAUCACAUACAGAAGAUGUGUUCCCACCUAGGAGCCACAUCAGCUUACCAGGGGCUAUAUGCAGGAGCUCACUGUGGAGACUUCCUCAACGACCACUGAAACAUUCAAACCUCUCAUACAGAAGAUGUACACUCCACUCUCCAGGAGUUAUGCGCAGGAGCUCACUGCAUUGACUUGAUCAAUGAAAUGUUCAAACAUCUCUUAUAGAAGAUGUGUACUCCACUCUUGAACGAUGCACAGGAGCUCACUGCAUUGACUUGAUCAAUGAAAUGUUCAAACAUCACUUAUAGAAGAUGUGUACUCCACUCUUGAUGAACUGUACAUAGGAGCUCACUGCAUUGAUUUCAUCAAUGUCCGCUGAAACAUUUUGUUGGGGGGCUUCUUUCUCCGGACAUAGAGUCCAUCAAACAUUGUCUUGGAGGAUUGUAUUCUUUGAGAGCUUCUUGAGCUUUGGGGAAGCUACAUGCAGGAACUUCCUGCAUGAUCUCACAGACUUCUCCAAUGAUCUCAAAAUCUUCUGUCAGGAUACCUCCAUAAAAUACCAAGGCCUUUCUCCAGGAAAAUUUCACUUUUCUAAAACAAGGAUAGGCAACCAUCUGAUAUUAGAUUUUCACCACCACAUUCCGAUUUUUGUCCAGGCUCAUUGUGUCUCUCCAUGGUCCCUGUGUCCCAUUGGGUCUCCAUGGAUCUUUAUGUGUCUCCCAUGAUCUCUGAGGCUCCCUGUCUAUCCCUGGGGCUCUGUGAUUCCUUGUGUCUCACGGUUUCUCUAGGCAUUCUAUUGAGUAUUAGAUGACACCAUGCCUGUUAAAUGCUUAUGACGCAUUGAGUAUGAAUAUCUACAUAGCGAUCUCAAAAUCUCUCAGGAUACCUCAAUAAAAUACCAAGGCCCUUCUCCAGGAAAAUUUCACUUGUCUAAAACAGGGAUAGACAACCAUCUGAUAUUAGAUCUGCACCACCACAUUCCGAUUUUUGUCCUGGCUCAUUGUGUCUCAGAAUGGAGACCAUGGCUAGGAUCACGAAAUCAGGUUAGACAAAAAUUGAGAUGGAGUGACGAGCUCACAAAAUUGGCAUAAAUUGGAUUGCAUCAGCACAAGACAAGCACCUUUGGUACCAACUUGAGGAGGCCUUCGCCUUGCUGUGGGCUGAACAUGGCUGAUAUGAUGAUGAUCUACAUAAUACAUAUUCAAGCUUUUCUUAGUCUACAUUGCACGGACGCGUGAAAAAGCUUUGACUGGGAAAUUAUUUUCUGACAAUAACCUCAUUAAAAAAAAAAUAAUAAAAGAAGAUAUUUUUUAUGAAUGUCCAUUCCUGCAAAGACGAAUGUGAAUGAGAGUCUAUUAUUAUACCUAUUUAGGCACCAUUUUAUACUUCUAAUUCAUAUAUAUGUACAUGUACAUUGUAAACUCAUCCAAAUAAACAUUGGUGAUUAUAUUUUGCAUAUUGAGGGAUAUUCUACCAAAUCUACCUUGUUUAAGUAUAUUCUGUACAUGUUGUAAAUAUAGAAUGCGUGCGUGGACUGUAAGGAGAUAAAAUGUAAUUUUGAUUACAUGAAAUUUACCAGUACCGUGUAAAAUAAUGAUAAAUUUUUUUGUAUGCUCCAGACUGUCAAGAUGGGUUCUUUGCUAUGGAUAUAUUGAAUAAAUUUCAAGACUUUUGGGCUUGAAUUACCUAAUGAGGUUGAUAUUAACCUUGGUUGAAAUGCUUCCAUUUUAUUAAAGUGUUUGUGCAAGUGGAAUGCGAUCCUAGAAUGAUUUUUGUUCAGUAGCAUGCAUGGCCAGUUUGUGCUUAGUAAGUACUCUUACUCUCUUUAUUGUAAAGCGCAUAGAGAAACUUUCUGUUUAUUUUGCGCUAUACAUAUAUAAGUGAUGUAUUAUUAUUUCACGGAUUGAAACCUUAACUACGAUUCAAGAUUACAUUGUGAAUAUUCUUAUGUACUACAAUCUAGUAAGAAAUUCCUCAUCUUCUGGAUAAUGUAUUUGUCAUGCUGGGUUAUAAUUUCAUAUUUUCUUUAUAGAUGGAAUGAAACUGGUAUUUACUUAAAUUUGUAAGAAUUUUUUUUGCCCUAUUGUAAACGUGCUGCAAAAGAUGCUCAUUAAUCCAAACCAGUGUCCGAUAAUGCUUUUGGAAUUGUUUAUAUUAUAUUGUUUAUUUGUACUGGAAAAUGAUUAUCUCUCACUAGUGAAUUGAUUGUGCACCAUUUACUAAAAAGUAUGUUGCUCUGUGUAUGAGAGGUUCUGGAUGCCUGUUUCACAAAGCUUGGCAUAUUAACAAAUUUGCAAUAUAACAGUUUAAAGCUACUUAAAUCCAUGAAUUUGAUUGGCUGAUAUUUCAGUUGAUUUAGGAAUUGUGCAUUUGUUAUUAUUAUACCAAGUCUUUAUGAAAGGGGGGCCCUGUUAUCAUGCUGCAUUCAUAACUGAAACUGCAAAAUAUGACUUUAAAAAAUAUUGCAAAAUAAUUAUAAUCUCCCAAAUCAUGAAAGUACCGUUUGUAAUCUAAUUAUGCGUGCAAGACAAGGGUUGCAUGAGUUCAUUUACAUUGUUUCAUUAUUUUGACACGGUAUAAUAUUCGGUUUCCCUACCUAUUUCAUCUUUACAGCGUAAUUAUUAUAAUACGACAUCUUUACAUAGGGGAAUUGUAAAACUUAAAAUUUUGUCAUGAAUUGGUUUUAAUCGAUAAGAAAAUGACAGGACACUGCUCCAAUUUGAAUUGUAAAACUUUUAUUCAUGGUAUGAUAUGAACAUAGUCCUGGUCAAACCAGUCAUAAAUUUGGUCUCCUGAGCCCCGUAACACAAAAUUUAGCGAUUGAUCAUAGGGCUGCUGACCUUCUACAGUCAUUUAGAAUAAUCAACCAUACAAUCAAAUUGAAACUUUGUGUCAUAGUACCCAGUUGGUUUAUUAUCUGAUUUUGAAAUAGACCAUGGUAUGUAUCACUAGUACUGUUCCAGGAAAGGAUAACUAAAUUGGUUUUUAAGAUUUUUUUUUUCUAUUUGAAUCAAGAUGCUGAUGUAUUUAAAAUGAAUGUCAAAUUCUGUUUUGUAGAAAUAAUGUUUUUUGCAAAUGAUUUGUGAAGUCAUGAAAGUCAUGGAAAAAUAAAUGUUGUAAGAAUGUA